GGGAGGGAAUUCUGUGGCCAGCAGAUAGAGAGGAGACCAGGACCGGCGUGGUCCCUCCCAGCCACCCUCCCCGUGGGAUUAGCUGCCCCCAGCACUGCUCAGGCGUACCCAGCGCGUGCGGUCCCUGAUCUCUCUGGAGCGCGGACGCAGCCACAAGCUCGCAGCCCGCAGAGCCCGCGAGCGGCUGGGUGGCUACUUUCAGCCUGAAACGAAAAGGGAAAGGCGGAAGAGGGGGCACCCCCUAAAAGAAUUAUCUGGUGGUAGCGCGGCUCAAUCCCAAGGGAGCGCGGUGACUGUCCUUGAGCGCAGAGGGGCGAGCUCGCCGGAGCGCCAGAGCAAGAGGAGGCGCAGGAGCGGCGGCGCCGGAGCACCCGAGGGGGUCCGAGCCCCAGCAGCCGGCCAGCCACGCGCCACAAAGGGAGCGCCCCCGCCGCCCGGCACGCCGCCUCCCUCCCCAAUGUCCUCUGCCAUCGAGAGGAAGAGCCUGGAUCCGUCCGAGGAACCAGUGGAUGAGGUGCUGCAGAUACCUCCAUCCCUGCUGACAUGUGGUGGCUGCCAGCAGAACAUUGGGGACCGCUACUUCCUGAAAGCCAUCGACCAGUACUGGCAUGAGGAUUGCCUCAGCUGUGACCUCUGUGGGUGCAGGUUGGGUGAAGUGGGGCGGCGCCUCUACUACAAGUUGGGGCGGAAGCUGUGCAGGAGAGACUAUCUCAGGCUUUUUGGUCAAGAUGGUCUCUGUGCGUCCUGUGACAAGCGGAUCCGUGCCUAUGAGAUGACGAUGCGGGUGAAAGACAAAGUGUAUCAUUUGGAGUGUUUCAAGUGUGCUGCCUGUCAGAAGCAUUUCUGUGUAGGUGACAGAUACCUUCUCAUCAACUCCGACAUAGUGUGUGAACAGGACAUCUAUGAGUGGACUAAGAUCAAUGGGAUGAUCUAGGCCAGAGUCCCAGACACCUUUGGGGAGGUGUUCACUGAAGACACUAUAGUGGAGUCUUCACUUUUAGGCACCUUGGGGACUUGAGGGUGGGGUAAGGCAUUUCUUAGGGGAUAAUGGAAGCAUCGGGCACCAAGACACAGCAUCUAAAUGAUAUAUUGCAAAGGCCAAGACCUCAGUGACAAAAGAACCAGCCAUAGCAGAGAGAACUUACAGUCACAGCUUAUACUUAGCAAUGGCUUGAUUAGUGGAAGAAACAUUUGGGGACCAGCAUGCACUGUACCAUCAUGAUGGGAUUCCCACAUAGGAGGUAGUGGGUAAAGACUCCUGUGACCUUAGUAUUUAUGAACUAGAGAUGUGCAAUUGAUUUCUUCCUGGCUUUGGUAACAACCUUGUUCCAAUUACUGUCCUCCAUACUAGGGAAGGAAGGAGAAGAGAGUAGUCAUUCUUUUCUUGGUCGCCUUCCUAAGGCCUUAAGUUUUGAACUCAAGGCAAGCUGCAUGGAGACACAUUUCAGUGGGAAUGAAAAACACGUCUUUUAACCAAUCAAAUAUUUAAAGCAAUGUUGAUGAAUCACUGUUUUUAGACACCUUCAUUUUGAGGUGAGGAGUUCCACAGAUUGUUUCUAUACAAAUGUAAAUCUAAAAGAAUAGAGUCAAAGUCGUUCAACUAUUUUAUUAUCUUAGAUUAUAUCAAAAGUAUUUGUUGUGUUGUGUAAAAAAAAAAACUGACUGAAGACUUAAUAAAAAUGACAAAA